AUGACCUACAUGUCCUACACCGGGUGCUACGACCUCGUCGAGUACUUUGGAACCAAGGACUUUGCCAUUCUUGGCUUCCCCUGCGCUCAAUUCAUGAACCAAGAGCCAGGUCACAAUGAGGAGGAGAUCCUCAACUGUUUGAAAUACGUCAAUCCAGCAGAUGGAUAUGAACCCAACUUCCUAUUAUUCCAAAAGUCCACUGUCAAUGGAGAAUUGGACACUAUCAACCCUAUAUUCAGAUGGCUAAAGAGUGGAUGUGGCUUGCCUACCACGACUAUUGGACUCACUUCAAUGAUCAGCUGGACACCCGUUAUGUACAAUGACAUUGAGUGGAACUUUGGAAAGUUCCUCGUGUCAAAGUCUGGCAGACUGGUACGCAGGUACACUCCAGAGACACUACCUCAGUUCCUUAUGGAGGAUAUCGCCAACUUGAUCAAGGCACCAAAC